AUGCGUGUUAUCCAGGCAUUCUGUCCCAUUAUACGUCGGCAGUUCACCGUAACCUGGUACUGUUUCUGCCUCUUCUGUCUUCCGUCACCAACACAGAACCUUUCUCUCCAACACACCAACUCUCCACCCCGGUCGCCAACCGCCGCGACCGCCACCACGUCAACUGAUUUCUCCCUGGUCUUGUCUUUCUUAUUUUACUUUUCUUUCGCCAGAUUUCACAUUGAUUCUUUGUUUUUCUUUUUCUCUUCAUAUUUCACUUCCGCCAUUUUCUUUCGUUCGUUCGUUUCUUCUCGCUUUCCUUAUUCUAUCUUUCAGUUUUUCUUUCAUUACCUUUGUUUAGCGAUUGAACCUGUUUUCCAUCAUUCAUUUCGCAUUUCAUCGUUUCUUUUUUUUCCUUCACCAUUUUUAAUAAUUACCUUCCUUCUACUCUUUCAACUUUUUUCUUUCUCAUUUUUCCCUACUCCCCUUUUUUAUUCACACUUUUUAUUCAUUAUCUUCUUCAAACCAUUUCAUCUUCUCUUCCUUCUCGCCUUUCAUCAUUUCUGCUUUUUCCUUCAAAUUUUUAUUCGUUACCUUUUAAUUUUUUUCUUCUCCCUCGCUUUUCAUCUUCGCUCCUUUUUCUUUUAUAUUUUCAUUCAUUACCUUCUAUCGUGUCUUCGAAAAUCUUUCUUUUCCUCUUCUUUUUCUUCCCUAUUCCUUCUUCCUCUAUUCUUUUUCUUGCAUAUUUUUUCUUUUGCUUUUUUUUAUUCUUUCUCUAUUUUCGCUGCAUAUCUGUUUUUUUGUUCUUUUUCUUUUUCGGUUGUCGCAAUUCUUCAAAUUUUUCCUUUUCUUAGUUCCUUCUACCAAUUCUUCCUCCCUUUCUCUGAGUUUAUUUCUUCUUCCUUUUCGAAUUUCCCUAUUUUCGAUUUCAUACGUCUUUUUUUUUUCUUCCUCUUUUUUCUUUUUUCUUCGAAUUCUUUCAAUUUGCUUCUAAGAUAUUUUUUCAGUUUAUCACCUUUCUUCAUUCUUUUUCGUGAUAUUUCUUCUUUUCUUCUUUGUUAUUUCCUUUUCUUCUUGUUUAAGCUCCUUAUCGCUUCGUCCCUUUUCUUUUUCAUUUUUUCUUUUCUUUUUUAUUCAAAUUCUUUCUUAUGCAUUACACUUUCUUUCUUUUUUGGCUUCUCAUUUUUCUUUCUUUUUUGGCUUCUCAUUUUUCCUUCUUUUUUGGCUUCUCAUUUUUCUUUCGUGCUCCUACGCUCUUUCCGUCACUCUCUCCAGCAAAAUGGUCAGAGUAACCUGCUUCGUGCGCCUGUUGGCCGCAUCAGGCCGCUCCUCCCAACCACUCACUCUCUUACUGUCUGUCUCCUCCGACUACUUCGCAUUGACACCUCCUACUCCGUCUUUUAUUCAUCUUUCUUUCUUUCUUCCUUUCCGAUUUUAUUCUUUCAGGUUUUAUUAUUUCUUUCUUUCUUUCUUUCUUUCUUUCUUUUCUUUUCUUACAGGUUUUAUUCUUUCUUUCUUUCUUUCUUUAUUUCUUUCUUUCUUUCUUUCUUUCUUUCUUUCAAGUUUUCUUAUUUCUUUCAGGUUUUCUUUUUUUCUUUUAUUCUUUCUUUCUUUGUUUCUUUCCUUCAGGUUUUAGUCCUUCUUUCUUUCUUUCUUUCUUCCUUUCUUUCUUUCAGGUUUUAUACUUUCUUUCGCCUUUCAGGUUUUCUUUCUUCCUUUUUCUUUCAGAGUUUAGCCUUUCUUUCUUUCUUUCUUUCUUUCUUUCACGUUUUAUUCUUUCUUCUUUCUUUCGAUCUUUUUUCUUUCAUUCUUUCUUUCUUUCUUUCUUUCUUACUUUCUUUCUUUCUUUCACGUUUUAUUCUUUCUUCUUUCUUUCGAUCUUUUUUCUUUCUUCCAGUAAAAAUCUAUCUAUCUAUCUAUCUAUCUAUCUAUCUAUCUAUCUAUCUAUCUAUCUAUCUAUCAGCCCCCUCCUAUCUAUCUAUCUAUCUAUCUAUCUAUCAUGACCUGUUUACAAUGUCAUUUUUUUCUAUCCCAUUUUCUUUGUUUUCUGUCUUUGAGAUUGUUUUAGCUUUUCUUCCUGUAAUCGCUUGUCUCUCAUCUCUUUCUCUACUUGUUCAUCUCCCACCUUCAAUUUCUCUACUCGUUUUUCUCUCUCUAAAACUUUCUCUCUCUUUUCUCUCUCAUUCGUUCUCUUCUGUACUUGUUUUCUCUCUCUGCAAUCGUUUUACUCUCUACAUCUCUCACCGUUUUUUCUCUCCUUUUCUUUCUGUGUUGGUUUUGAUCUCUUCUCUUUCUGCACUCAUUUUUCUCUCUCCUUCUCUCUUUGUACCCCGUUUUCUCUUUUCUUUUCUCCCUGCACUCAUUUUUUCUCUCUCCUUCUCUCUUUGUAACCCGUUUUCUCUUUUCUUCUCUUUCUGCACUCAUUUUUCUCUCUCCUUCUCUCUUUGGACCCCGUUUUCUCUUUUCUAUUCUCCCUGCACUCAUUUUUUCUCUCUCCUUCUCUCUUUGUACCCCGUUUUCUAUUUUCUUCUCUUUCUGCACACAUUUUUCUCUCUCCUUCUCUCUUUGUACCCCGUUUUCUAUUUUCUUUUCUCCCUGUACACAUUUUUCUCUCUCCUUCUCUCUUUGUACCCCGUUUUCUCUUUUCUUGUAUUUCUGCACUCAUUUUUCUCUCUCUUUCUCUCUUUUCUUUCUGCACUCAUUUUUCUCUCUUUCUCUCUUUGUAACCCGUUUUCUAUUUUCUUUUCUCCCUGUACUCAUUUUUUCUCUCUCCUUCUCUCUUUGUACCACGUUUUCUCUUUUCUUGUCUUUCUGCAUUCAUUUUUCUCUCUCCUUCUCUCUUUGUACCCCGUUUUCUCUUUUCUUCUCUUUCUGCACUCAUUUUUCUCUCUCUUUCUCUCUUUGUACCCCGUUUUCUAUUUUCUUUUCUCCCUGUACUCAUUUUUUCUCUCUCCUUCUCUCUUUGUACCCCGUUUUCUCUUUUCUUGUCUUUCUGCACUCAUUUUUCUCUCUCCUUCUCUCUUUGUACCCCGUUUUCUCUUUUCUUCUCUUUCUGCACUCAUUUUUCUCUCUCCUUCUCUCUUUGUACCCCGUUUUUCUUUUCUUCUCUUUCUGCACUCAUUUUUCUCUCUCUUUCUCUCUUUGUUUUUUUCUUUUUUUUCUCCCUGUACUCAUUUUUUCUCUCUUUCUCUCUUUACCCUGUUUUCUUUUCUUCUCUCUUUCUCAUUUUCUCUCUCCUUCUCUCUCUUUGUACCCCAUUUUCUAUUUCUUUUCUCCCCUACUCAUUUUUCUCUCUCCUUCUCUCUUUGUACCCCAUUUUUCUCUUUUCUUGUCUUUCUACAACUUUUUUUCUCUCUUUUUUCUUUUUCUGUUUUUUUUUCUUUUCUCCCUGUACUAAUUUUUCUCUCUCCUUCUCUCUUUGUACCUCGUUUUCUCUUUUUUUCUCUUUCUCUCAUUUUUCUCUCUCCUUUUCUCUUUCCUGUUUUCUCUUUUUCUUCUCUUUCUGCACAUUUUCUCUCUUUUCUCUCUUUUUACCCCUGUUUUCUAUUUUUUUCUCCCUGUACUCAUUUUUCUCUCCUUCUCUUUUGUACCACAUUUUCUCUAAUCUUGUCUUUCUGCAUUCAUUUUUCUCUCUCCUUCUCUCUUUGUACCCCAUUUUUCUCUUUUUUGUAUUUCUUUUUUUUUUCUCUUUCUUUCUUUGUAACCCAUUUUUCUUUUUUUUUUCUCUGUACUCAUUUUUUUCUCUCUCCUUCUCUCUUUGUACCCAUUUUUUCUCUUUUCUUGUCUUUCUGCUCAUUUUUUCUCUCUCCUUCUCUCUUUGUACCCAUUUUUCUCUUUUCUUGUCUUUUGCACUCAUUUUUUCUCUUUCUCUCUUUUUCUCUUUUCUUUUCUCCCUGUACUCAUUUUUCUCUUUUCUCUUUUUUUUUUCUCUUUUUUCUUUCUGCACUUUUUCUCCUUUUUCUCUUUUAA